AUGUAUAAACAUCGGGAGUUCGGACUAAUGAUAUUACGAGAUGAAUCAUCGGAUACCGGUAAGAGUCAAUUACCAACUAGUAUUUUUUCUGAUUUCUUUAAAAAUUGUAUCUUAAUGCCAAAACGCAAGUGCUGUGAACAUCCGGUAAAACAUUCAAAUUCUACUCGUGUAUCCAAAGGAGUAGUGUUUGUAUCUACUCGUCUAUCCAAUUUUUUGAUUUCUCGAUAUGACGCUCCUGACGACAAAAUACGCUGGUUAUGUCCAAGAUGUCAUGCAUUCGAAUGGAAGGAAAUGUUGACUCGUCCAUCAAUGGAAUUAAGUCAUAACGAUAAUUCUAGUGAAAUUGAAGCCAUGUCAGAGAGCUCUUCUGUUCAUGACGCUGAAAAUGAUGGUUCAAUGAAUGCUGAAUUGCAAGAUGUGAAUGAAGAAGAAGAACGAACGAAAUCCGCUAAUGGAUAG